AACGCAAAAGAUAACUUUCGCAAAAAUGGUUCAUCAAGAUCGCACGCCCAGCAAGGCCAUACCCGCCAAGCAUCUGAGUCCCAUGCGCAAUGCCGGACCCUCGGGCAAGUAUGCCGUGUCCAGCAGUCCCACGGACAGCUUCCUGCACAGCUCCAGACUCACGGCGAACAGCAACAACAACAGCAACAGCAGUCUGAACAGUGCAGCCUACAAAUACAAUAACAUGGUCAACAACAAUCGCGACCAGUUCAAUGCCUUGCACUUCUGCUAGAAGAUCCUUGGAGACAGAGUGUUGGAGAUGAGGAGAAGUAGCCUUAAGAUUUCAUUGCAAUCAAUAAAUUGCUAUUGAAUUUAAAACUGAA